AUGAACGAUAAUCAACCAUUAGAUCAUGAUUAUCAUCGUAAUCAAUUAAGAGAACGACUACUCGCACAACUAAGAAAUAUUGAUAAGGACCAGAUGAUGGAAAGUAAUAUAAAUUCAAACGAAAACAUUUAUUAUGAAAUGCAACCAACGGAGUAUCAAAAUUUGAAUCAAGCAGCAUCAAAUAUGAUUGGUGGUGUCACCCCAUUUCACCAAACAACUCCUUACCCUUAUUCAUAUCAUCAUGUGAAUCAAAUUUCAACUCAAAUAACAACGGGUGAAAACCAAGAACAUCAACAAUUGAGUCAGUCUGAACAGCAGAUGAACUAUUCAGCAGCUACUGAGCACCUGUAUGUAAAUCCUAACACUGCUCAAUUAAAUACAUAUAUAAACUCAAAUCGUUCAAAUGCUUAUCGAUAUAGCAAUAAUGAAAAACGAAGCCCAAGAACUAUGAAUAAUGAAGAUUCCUC